CAUAAACAUUUCAAUAAAAUUACAAAGGCCACAGAUCGCUUUUUUUUCGAUUGAAAUACCGGCAUCACAUGUCGAUCGAAUGACACGAGCUCCCUGAAAUUGUCUCCUAGAAUACGGUUACGAAGAAUUUCCUACUCUUGUUGUAUACAACACUCUGUAGAGCCAGGUGUAAUCCAACGUUUGUUUAAGAUCAUAAGUUCAGGGAUCAAUGAAGCUCGGUGUAGAGUCAAUAAUUUAUUUUCUAGUCCUCCUGGCAUAUGUUCUUCAAGUGGCUCUUGCUAUUCAUUGCUUCAAGUGCAAAUCAGAAACGUCAUGGUCGGAAUGCGAUCUUCGUGUGAAUCAAAAAGCCAAUCGAGACUGCCCAGCGGAAAAGAUCCGAUGUAUAGCUGUGAAGGAAAGGAAGAAUCCAAGAGAACGGGAGGAAUACAGGAAAGACUGCGCUGGCCGUCUUGAAAAUCCGUGUCAUGAAAAACGUGUAGAGGAUUGUAGGUCCACCUUAUGUGAUACUGACCUAUGUAACUUUGCUCUCACCCCAUCAGCCACCCUCAUUGCUUCUGGCUUCCGCUGCUUCCGUUGUAUAAGCCAGAAAUCUUGGGACGACUGCGUUGAAAAAGCUCAAGAGAUCAUCUGCGAAACAGGCUACAGAAAGUGCUACAAACUAGAGUUUAAGAAGGAAAACGGCGUCACUGAAUACAUAAAAGACUGCACUGUCCCUCUGGCCUGUGGAAACUCGUCAAUCAAUAUGCCUCAAGCCGAACGUCGCAACAUUCAGUGCUGUGGCCAACAUCUUUGCAACGGGGCAAGUAUCAAGAGCUCCCCUGUGGCAAUAUUUGGUCUUCUUCUCCUUGUCAUUGUGGUAUUCCUUUUUGAUGUCCAAAACGAUUUGUUAGUAAUCAGGAUCCCCUUAACCCUUUAACUCCCAGAAGUGAUUUAUUUGUAACUUCUCCCUACAAUAUACGCACAUUAUCCAGCCAACAGAUAAUGAGAACAGUCAGACUUACCAGAAAGAAGUUGUUAUCUUGAUUCAACACCAAACUCUCAGAACUUAUUUUCAAGGAUAUGUGUACCAGUUAGAGGGAAGAAUUAACAAUCAGAUCUUGGGAGUUAAAGGGUUAAAGUCCUAGAUAGAAGCAGUAGAGAUGUAGAUGUCAUAAUGUGAAAUCAACUAAACAGGAAGGGAUAGACAGUUCCCUUCCACAGUAUUGUGCCUCUCCCUAAUAUUUAUGGCUAUGAAGGCUUUGUCAAAUGUGUAAUUCUCAAUAUAAAGUUAACCAGUUUGCACUCCUGUGGUGCCUAAGAAUAAAAACAGCUUCGGGAAUUGUGAAGACGCUGCUGUAAGCUGACACUUGGUCAGCUCUCUCUUAGAGACCUCAAAAGUUUAGCACCGCUCAAGGUGUCAGCUUCCCAAGAUUCCUUCCCAGUGUUCGACUGAAUGUUUCUCUUGUCCGCCUAUACUUUCUUUAAAAAGCUAAUAUCGGAGUGGAAACAAAUGUCAGCGUCAAAGAAGCUGCAAUGAAUCAAUAUCAUUGCAGUCCCUCAGGUGUGGAGUUCGUUUCUUGAUUGGAUAUUUCUCAAAAAGGAAACAAGUUUUAUUAUCAAUUGUUUAAUUUGAAUAACAACAGUGUGUUACGUGACAGUCACAAUGUCUUUUGGGCGUGAUGAACCUCGGUUUAUUUUUUUUAAGGAGGUUAAUCGGCAGUAAGUUGUUCACGGGGCUUCUUAAACUAAG